AUAAAUUACAUAUUACUAGUUUACAAUGUACUGCAACGAUGUGGUACUUUGACCCUCUAGAUUCACUGAUAAACCAGUCAGGUGGAUACUUCGAUGGUCUACCGUUCCUUGUGAGAUAUCGUUGUUACCCCGUAUCGUUUUUGGGCAAAGAUGCCAUGGAAAGUGGUAACAAAAUAUGUAUGCCAGCCAGCGCGUUGAAUGAGCUGGCGUCAAGGAACAUCACCUGGCCGAUGAUGUUCGAGUUGCGCAAUGAAGAAAGAAAACGGUCAACUCACGCAGGAGUGCUUGAGUUCAUAUCGGAAGAAGGCAUGUGUCACAUUCCUUACUGGAUGAUGCAACACCUUCAACUACAAGAGGGCGAUUAUUUAACCAUUAGGAAUGUAAGGUUACCAAAGGCCAACUGGGUGAAGUUUAGGCCACUUAACGAUAAUUAUUGGGACAUAUCAAACCCCAAAGCAGUCCUUGAAACUGCACUUCGCAAUUUCGCCACUCUCACUAUUGGAGAUAGGAUACCGAUACACUACCUUAGCAAUGUAUAUGAAUUGGACGUAAUGGAUCUACGACCUGCUGAUGCAUGUUGUAUAAUAGAGACCGACAUGGAGGUGGAAUUCGCUGAGACAAAAAAGAAAAAGCCUCAGCUUGUACAACCUGUUCCAGGCAAAAGGCUGGACGGAAAGACACCGGUAUUGCGCCAGAAAGAUUUGGAAGCUGCUAAACCGUGGUUACGAAGAAUCCCUCAUGGAGUUAGGACUAGUUGCGAAGAGUUUGAGAAGCUAGUACGAUACGGUACUGUGGUGCCAUGUUCACCUGAAUAACAAUAGAUUAAUGUAGUAUACUUUUGCUUUUGUCUA